AUGUAUCUAUUCCUAAGCUUUGUAUUUAUUCUGUACGCUUCAUAUCGAUUAUAUCAACAUUUUUUUCCACCACCAAACAUUGAUCCAAAUGGUAAAUAUGUCUUAAUUUCAGGAUGUGAUACUGGUUUUGGUCAUGGAUUAGCUAUCGAACUUGAUCAACAAGGUUUCAAUGUCCUUGCUGGUGUUUAUCUUCAAGAUAAUAUCAUUUCAUUA